AGCACUGACAGCCUGCUCUGUGGCUGUGCAGCAGCUCCUGCCCGCUCCCAAAGCCCAGGGAGGUUCCUGGCCGCGCUCAGCUGUGCAGCAGCCCCUCGGCUCUGCAGUGCCGCGGAUCAGGUGGUUGCGGAGCCGCGCGCAGGAACGCGAUGCAGCUGAGGAGACGAGCACAGCCCCCGGCAGCCUCUGGAGCUGCUCUCCAGAACAAGGCGACCUCUAAGCUCCCAUCCAUCACGGGAACGAUGUGCUGAUACCGCAGGAGACCACGGCAACAAUGGAAUACCAGAUAUUGAAUACAUCUACCUGUCUGCUGGUCCUUCUGGUUUUCCUACCCACUGGUUUGGGUAUCUGUCCUUCUAGCUGUACAUGCUCAGGAAACGACAGGAAUGUGGACUGUUCAGGCAGAAACUUAACUGUACUGCCCCAGGGACUCCAAGACAACCUUACAUAUUUAAAUCUGUCCUUUAACCAGUUUGUAGAUCUCGAUCAUCAGCUAACGAGGUUCACCAAUCUGAGGACCCUUGAUAUUUCACAUAACUGGCUCAAGAAUGUUCCCGCUCAUCUGCCUAAAUCCUUAUGGGAGUUAUAUGCCACAAACAACAACAUUAAAGUUCUUCAGAAACUUGAUACAGCUUACCAGUGGAAUCUUCGAGUGCUCGAUGUUUCCAGGAAUAUGGUGGAAAGAGCUGUCCUGAUCAACAACACACUGAGCAGUCUCAAGUUUCUCAAUCUCAGCAGCAACAAACUUUGGACAGUUCCAACCAACAUCCCCUACAAUAUAGAGACGGUGGAUCUAUCCAAUAACUUCUUGUCCCAGAUACUCCCAGGAACACUGGUGAGACUUCAACACCUCACAAGCCUCUACCUGCACAACAACAAGUUCUCGUACAUUCCCGACAAAGCUUUUGACCAGCUCCUUCAGCUGCAGGUGGUAACUCUAUACAACAACCCCUGGUCGUGCAGCGACAAACAGAACAUCCCUUACGUGCUGCAGUGGGUGCAGGGCACAGCUGCCCGUGUCCUGGGGGCUCCCUGUGCCCACCAGGCCGGGCUCUGGGCCAGCGCCGCGCCCACGGCCGGGGACUCCAGCGCCCUGAUGGAAGGAAGGAUGGGCACAGACAGAGCCACCUCUGCCGAGGCAGCCGAACCCACCCCAGCGACCAAAACGCACAAACAACUGAAAGCCAAGGAAGUCACUCCCCUGGCCACCCAAAGCCACACGGUUCUGUUCCCCAGCACGGAGCAGCCCCUGCUCCGCCACCCCGACGGCCUGACCUGGAGGGACGGCGGCCCCCAGGAAGCAGCAGCCACGCGCACGAUCCACGCCGUGGAUCCGACCCAGGGCAACUCCACGGGAUCUUCCACCACGCCCAUGACUUUAAGCAUCACCAGUGGAAUGCCAACGAACUACUCCAAGGUGCCUCACAGCACAACCGCUACCUUAAGCCGAGAGGAGGCCACGACGGGCGCUCCCCACGCGCGCGUGCCCUCCCGAGCCGGCACCCGGCAGCUCUCCCUGCUUUACAUCCUCCUGCUCCACGCAGUGGCCAUGGCUGCCCACUGAGGGCUCCUGCCC